AUGCGCUCGGCGCUGACUUUCAUGCUCAGGCUGGCUGCCGCAUUGUAUCUGGCCCAGUUAGGAAUCCCCUUCCGAAUUAUCGACAAACGAUCCGACGAGCCCAGAAUAGGCCAAGCUGAUGGCCUCAAUCCGAAGACCAUGGAGAUAUUCGAAAGCUGGGGUAUUCACAAUCAAAUAACACAGCUCUGGGAGCCAGCAACACACGAAACCAUUUGGUACCGAGGAUUGGAUGGGGAGCUCGUCAGGACAGAUCGGUAUCUGAAUCAGCCGCCUAUGGGAGUUCGGUGGACGCAUGGGACUUUACAGCAGGGAACGGUGGAAGAGAUCAUGAAGAAGAAGAUAUACGAAAUUGCCGACAUGACCGUUGGGUACCAUACAACCCUUUGUGAGUUGAAUAUCGACAUCACUCAACUUACUGCUCCAGGAGCCUUUCCCUGUACGACCCAAGUCCAACAAAUGAAAAAGGGGAGCAUCGUAACCGAGAUCAUAACGGCUAAGUACGUGAUCGGUGCGGAUGGUGGAAAAUCUCUGACGCGAACAUUACUCGAUAUUGGCAUGAAUGGGGAGAAAGGCGCCUCAGUAUGGGGAGUAAUGGACUUUGCGGGGAGCUCGGAUUUUCCAGAUUUCGGAGCGACAUCAAUUAUACGGAGCGCCACUGAUGGAUCAUUGGAUUUUGUGCGGCGCGAGGAAGGGCUCAUACGGAUGUACGUUGAGCUCAACAAAGGGCCUGAAGGGAAGCACAUUUGCAGAGAGAAUAUCACUCCAGAGGCUAUUGUCCAGAAAUGCCAGUAUAUGAUUCGACCCUACAGGCUGGAUGUCCGCCGCUGGGUCUGGUGGUCCGCAUUUACAGCCACUCAAAAGCUGAGCACUGCAUUGAGCAAAUUCAACCGUGUCUUUCUGGUGGGUGAUGCUGUCCAUACACACUCGCCCGUCACUGGGAUGGGAAUGAACACAAGUAUUCAGGACUCGUACAAUCUUGCCUGGAAGCUCGCUGGUGUCAUCAAAGGGCAGUUAAAUCCAAAGAUUCUUGCAACCUAUGACACUGAACGAGGGAUUGUUGCCAAGCAGCUCCUCCAGGCGGACCGAACCACCCUGGAGCUCUUCGAUACCAAGUUUGGCCAUGAGACACCCUCCUUGCUUGAAAGAGCAGAGACUUUGCGAGUUUUCCUCGCGGGCCGUGCUAUCCGCUACGCAGAUGCAUUAUUGACGUCGCCUUCAGCGCAAGGGAUUGGCUCCUUUCAGCCUGGCGAAUGCCUGCCAGAUUUCUCCAUUACCAACCAUGCCACAGGCAGAUCCGUUCAUAUCCACAACGCUCUGAAGUCGAAUGAAACCUGGAACAUGAUCGUUUUUGCUGGUGACGUCUCGUCAGUGACCCAGAUGACACUCUUAUAG